AUGCAAUGUCUGGAAUCAUUUAUCGAUAAUAAGUUACCAUUUGCUAUUGCCAGCGGAGGCAACGCUGUCAAGUGGGAAUUGCGGUUGCUGAACGGGUUAGGAAGCUUGGUUCAGGAGCACUAUGUCGUCGAAAACGCAGAGAAACUGGGGCUACCCAACACCAGUCGCACGCAUGAAGAGGUGAUAAACCAGUGCAUUAUAUGUCUUCUAGACCGGCGACUCUUUAAUAACGUGUUGACAUAUGGAUAUCGCCUGGCCAAUGAGCCGGAGCUAAGCAGCAGGCUACAUUGCCUGUACACCAACACGUCUUCUUCUACGCUGCGUACAGGUCUUUGGCAAAUGCUACAUGAAGCCAUAGGCACAGCCAAUUUCACCCACCUGCUGGUGAACUGCUCAAUCUUCCGCUACGAUGGUCGUUAUUUCCACCAAGUGACGGGCAACGCACUGAAUGAACCGCACAAACCACCAAUAUGGUGGCUCAGGCGCGAGGGGCUCCUGCUGCAGGGCGAGCUAGCGACCAGAGAAGACAUAGAUAACACCGGGUUUAUGUACAGGAAUCUCGGUAUCAUAAAAUGGCGCGGGCUUCUGCCGGACGAUAUUGAGGAACUCGCUGCGGAGGUGUUCGGCGAGUUACCGACAGACAUGGUGAUGUUGAGGGGCCUCAUGGCAAAGAUGGCACGCAAUUACUCUAGGGUGAAGUUCAGGAGGAUUAUAGACUGCAUCUGCCCCCGAAGGUCUGUUCAGGCAGCAGGAAGCAACGAGGAACUGAAGUCUGAUCUAAAGUUAGUUACGCGACUUAUUCUCGUUUUGGUGGACAAGAUAGUUCCAUUAGAGCUUUUUGGAUCAAAGCGCAACAAGGCUAAGCUUUUCAAAAGAAUCUCAGAACUUUUAGCUCUAAAUUUGAACUCGCGGAUGCCGUUCGCGUAUGUCAUAACUGGAAUCAAUACCAACGACAUCAUGUGGGAUGCUGGAUCGUGCAGCAACCGCCAGAUUUAUUUCGAGGAUUUUGUUUAUUGGCUCGUUCGCACUUUCAUACCGCGCUUAGUGGGCAGUAUAUUCUAUUGCUCAGAACUAUCCUCGCAGGUCACUACAGUUUAUAUUAGACAAGACGUAUGGCGCGAGAUAUCGAGGCCUUUUUUGAACUGGUACUUUCAAGUUUACCUCCACGAAAAUAAAGACUGUUCUGCCCACGGUUCAUUUGUGGCUUCCGAUUAUAAUCAUCGGUAUCUAAGGCUGAUCCCCAAGCGACAUAAGGGCCAGUUCCGAGUCCUUGCUAUCCCAUGCAAAGGGAUUGAUGAGGAGGAUAAACGAGAAUAUGAGGAUUAUGUGAGGACUGUCAUAAAACCUGUUCAGCAGAUAUUAGAAUACUUGCGUAUGCGGCGCGCGGUUCGCUUUCAGCGACUUUACUCGCCUGCCCAGAUUGCAAAAUAUAUAGGUGAGUUUCGUUCAAGUAUCCUUACCAAGCAUAAAGUUAUUCCUCCAUUAUUCGUACUGAAAUUUGACAUCGCAUCAUGCUACGACUCAAUUCCAAUGAUUAAAGUUACCGAAGUGGUCCAGAAGCUCAUGAAAGAUGAAACUUGUUUUUACCUUCGUAAAAUGCUCAUAUAUGAUACCAAACAUCAUAUAAUUAAGAGGAAGUCUGCUGUCAACGGGAACCUUCAGGCCAGUGACGGGAGUAUUAUAAUUGAUAACUCUCAGACAAUGUAUUUUUCAAAGGAAGAGAUAAUGAGUGUGCUCGAGAUGGAAACCAAGCGUACCGCUUUCCGAUGGCAUGGUAAUUGCUUUCUAAGAAAGGAUGGGAUAUUCCAGGGAUCCCAGCUAUCUUCCUGUCUUGUUGAUAUAGUUUACGAUGAUUUGUUGGAGUCCUACAAAGAGUUUGGUACCCCCCCAGGCCACGCUUCGCUAGUCAUGAAACUGGCUGACGAUUUCUUAGUGAUCUCUACGAGCAAGGAACACGUCGACAGGCUGAAGACGUUACUACACCAUGGGUUUCAAGACUACAAUGCCAGUGUUAACAGAGAUAAGGUUAUGUCUUUCUAUUCCCCAGAGUUGAGCGACCCCAUUUUCAGUUUUUGUUCUGUGAAUAUCAAUAUCCUAAAGCUGGAGGUUUGGAAACCCAAGGAAACAUACAAUAAGCUGCAAUCGUAUUUGAGUUCAGCAAAUAAGUUAUAUAAGAAACUUCGAUGGUUAUUUGAAUCACGGAUGGCGUAUGAGAUAACCCAACCAACAUACAAUUCAUGGGAGGCCAUUGUUACUCAUGUCGAACAAGCUACGAUAAAUCUGGCAGAAACUUACUCGACAUGCUUUUCUAGGCACACUAAAUGUGUAGCUACGUUUUCGGAAUUUAUUGAUGGAAUUGUAGGGGCUGCUUUGAAGAACUGCCUCCAUGCGGAAAACAGAACCAAGAGAUACAUCGAAUUGAGAUCGAUUAUACUAUCGAGCUUCACAGAAACAUUGAAGAAGAAAAAAUCAACGUUUGCUGAGAUAGUAGAGUUUCUGCAGCUCCAACAGGGGAAACCUAAAGACAAACUAAGAUGCUCCGAGGCCGAAGUUGCUUCUUAG